CAGUAGUCUUAUAUUCACCCUUUCUGCACAGCAAUAUUGAAACUGAUAUGAUAUGAGACAUCUGAUGCUUCUUGGAAAAUGUGUUCUACAAGAGCUAAAGACUUAACCAGGUGUUGGUGACUGGAUGAAAGGAAUUCCUGCAACACAGCCCCUCUCCACUGAAAUACUGGAGGACAUGCUUAAGUAGUCCCAGGUGUGCAGUUGUCUGUGCUGUGCUGCAGACAAGUGAGACAACUUGCUAAAAGCAGACACGUUUUUGGUUCCUUCAGAAGUGAAGAAGCACAAAAGGAGAGGUUGUGUUCUUUGAAAGCAACUGGGACCACUGGCAAGAAGCAGCAACACUGUGCCCAAACACGGAAACCACUUCCAGGUUACCAAAACAUGCUGUUGAACUGAAUUUCUGCAGCUGCAUUUUCCAACGUACCAUGGGAUGCUUCAAAUCCAAGUAUGCCUUUCCACAUUCAAAUGCUAUCCAGGAUGAAGAUAUCGGGGAAGUGUGCACUGGGGAGAAGUCAUCCCUGAUCACAGGGGUGGAUGUGAAAGGUCCACCAAGCAUCAUAGUGCAAGACUAUGCCGACCGGUUCUCCCGGGAGAUCCUGGAUCAGGCCAUGCAACAGCUGGCAGUGACUGAGAGCAAAUACAGUGACAUCCCUUACAUUGAGAGUGAUGUGCCCUGAGCCCUAGCUGCCAAGGACUGUCCUCACACCCAGUGUCCUCUCUGCCCAGCAGUCUGUCUUUGGUGGUUGUGCAGAUGAAGUAACACCAUCCAUGAUUUGAGCACAAUGCCACCAGUUGGAUGUGUUUGCAAGGAGAGGCUGAAAAAAUUUGCCUUUGGAUCGAUAUUGCUGAGAAACUAAUUGGAUUGCAGUAGAAUCUCAAUCAAGUGUCAUUUGUUAUCAGCCGUAUGUUGAGUAUAUUCUGUCUUCAUGUGUUGAAUGUGAUCAGAAAUUAGUGUUAUAAAGAGAGGAUGAGAAGAACGUGGCUGCCUAGCAACUCUGCAAGCACUGCCACAGAGGCCCCAGAGAUGCUCAAGGACAAAGGGUGGAUUUUUACACACUGCAUAAAAAAAAUCAGUGGUCUGUCUGUAGGUGACAAGAGAGUAACUCUUUGUGCUUGGUAAAUCUGUCCACGUUUUGCUAGUGAAGCCAAGGGUCUACAUGUAGCAAAGGUAACUGUUGUCAGAAAUUUUGCUUUGAUUUAUUGAGUAGGCUGAACCUGUAAGCCACAAAAUACUUAAGGCAAUGAAAAGCUUUUUACAAAACCAAGUAGUAUUCAGGGAACCAUAUAGUUCAUGAUAUUAUUCAACUGCCAUUCUUAAGUGAGCCAGUGAGAAACAUGACAAUAUUGUUAAACAGUGCAUUAUAAUCAACAGGUGCUCUGGCUUCUGGAAAUGCAUGAAGGCUGUUCUCUAAAAUCAGGGGAACUAUGGCUGCAUUACACUCAGAUGUCACUCUGAAGUAACACCCUUGGGACAAACACCUUCCUUCAGCCUCUGCAGGCUCACCUGCUGGCAGGGCUGUGUGCAGGGAUGCACAGAGGAGCUACAGAAACCUAAAGCCUGAGCAGUGCACUGUAUUAGUGAAUAAGCCUUAGGCCCAAAGCUAAAGGGCUACAUUCUUUACCCAUUUUAUCCAGCUUGCACCCACACACUGCACCCUGCUUCUCCACGACUUGCAGCGUGACCUGCUCUACUCCUAACUAGCACUUGAGAUGUCAAGAAAAUGAUGAAUUAAUUAUAGUCAUCUUGCCUUGGUAGCAACUUGGGUUUUAGCAACCUGUUUGUUCCUUUUUCUGUUAUGGCCAGUUUAAAAGAUGUAGGGUUGUUUUUUCUUCCUAAAUCAAAGUGCUUUCCAUUUUAUGUUUUUGUUUUAUGGAAAAACAUUUCCAUACUGGCAAAACCUGUUACUAUUUUUUUAAAGUACACACAGUUCUAGUAGUGAUACAAAGCAUGAUUUUCAAGCCAUGGUAAGCAGAGACAGGACUGCAAAUUGUUAUUUUUAGCUUAUUCUCAGACAUAAUAUUGAGCUGUUUUGCAAACUUUGUGACAUUAACUUAGUUAUUUGAAACUCACCUGUGUCAGGAGGUGGUUGUAUCAGGAAUUUAAAGGUGAAAAACACUUAUUUGUAACAUAGCACAAGACUACCACUAAUUCACACUGUCCAGACCCUUCUAGUAAGACUGUUCUCAGGCUUUUGCAGAAAAAGGGAGAAAAAUCUGCUGUUGUUGUAAAGUCUUUUUCUUUGAAGUAACGUAGUCAUCUUUGAAGCCAUGUGUAAAAUGGGACUUCAGUAUUAUGGCCCAUUUAAAUUCUACUGCUAAGAGGGCUGUUCCUUGAAGCUCUAAAGCAUGUAAGACAUGAAAUCAUACCCUGCAUUUGCUCCAUUUAAAAAAACUCCAUGCCAUAUAGUAGGGUGAAUUAAAAAGCAAAACCAAAACACUAAUCAGAUCAGUACAUAUUCAUUGGAUAUUGCUUAACCACAGUAUUAAAAAAGAUUCCUGUUCUUAUUAUAGCUGAAGUAAGGCCCAAAAUCCAUAGUCAUUAUUUGCCAGGUAGGCAGAUAGCUGCAGAAAACUGGGUUUGUUUUAAGAGUGCAUUUAGGUGUGUCUGCCUUGACCCUUGUACAAAAGCUGUAGUGGCUGCCCUGGGGAGAAGGUUCUGCAGUGCUGGCUGUUGCAGUGUCUCAGGUCCUCUCUCUGGAUGCAGCCUCACAUCUGCACUCCUCUGGAGUCAGCACAGCAGAGGCACUUUGAAAGCAGCUUCUGGGUUGGCAGGCUGCCACUGCACUGUCCAGCAGCAAGCAGGGAUGUCAGAUCAAACAGCCUGAAGUGAAAUCACAGCAUCUGCACUGAUGCACACCCAAAGGAGGUUACCUGGCUAUAACUGAAGCUGUGAGCCCCGGUCUGGGGGCUGCCCAGACACCCAGUGCUCUCCUGCUGCUGGGUCAGCCCAGCCUGUCACUCACCUGCACCACAAAGCUCCUCUGCCCUCCCUAAAGCUUGGAGAUCACAGCAGCUUCAGUAUGGCCUGAAGUGUCACUCCAGCUGGUUUAUGAUGCUUCCUGUGACACUGGAACUUCAGGGAAAGCAAACGAGCUUGCAAACCAGAGGGAGGCAGCUUCUCACCAGGAAAACAAUCUCUUUUACAAGACACUGUCCUUAAUAAAUAAUGAACUUACCCUUACUAAAAAAUAAUUUUAAAAGCACCUGUUCAGUGCUACAAUAUGGUGGGAGAUCAAAGGCCAUUCCAGAGUUCUGCUAUGUUUUUAACAGACACAAUAGUAAUGCAUAAUAAAAAUACUUCUUUACCUACAUAAAACAAUACGUGUUUACUUAUCAUUAGCUUACUCUAAACUGUGCUGUAGUCUUAGAAAGCCCCUUACAGUGGCUUUCCAGCUAAGUGGCCACUGGUUCUUUGGCUUGAUUUUGUGGAAUAAAGGCACUCCAGUAUGGGACUGGCAUGCUCUGCAAAACCAUUUACUUCUAUUUAGGAGUUAAAAAUACAUUUGCUUUCUAUUUUCUCCAGGAAACGUAAGUAUAGUCUGAGUGGGCACUAGUGUGUGACUGACUUGAUAUUCUAAUCAUGGUUCAAAACAUACUAACUUCCGCACAACUCUGUAAAACUGACAUUUCUGAAGUGAGACAACAUCAGUAUUCCCAAAUAAGACACACAACAAUAUAUUUUUACAAUAUUUUUUGUGGAAAAUAUUUUCUUGUGGACCAAAUAAAAUUAAACUUCCCAUCUGCUUGUAAGCCUUUUUCUUUGACAAAAAAUGCAGGGAGACUGGACAAGGGCUUCAUACCAUGAGCUUGGGAUAAUUCCCAUUCAUGUGAGUAUUGGAAGCAAUUAAACACAGGUCAAAGUUUAUUGAUAGAGAAGUAAACCUGCUAAAAUGUUUUAAAUCCACUUCAGUCACAGAAGGCAUAAUGCCUACUCCCUGGGGAUUACUGUGCACUGAAGAUGGCUUCUUCUGUACAAAAAUAAUUGAAUGAACCAAUUGAAAAAACAUAAAUUAAGAACAGCCAUUGCUUUAAGGAUCUGAAGCUUAACACUAAUUUUAA